AACAAAAGGAAGAAAUUCAAAAUUGUGUUUAAAAGAAAAGUCACGAAUAAUUCAUUUCGAACUUUGAAAAGAGAUUAUUAAAAGUUUCUUUGUAGUAAGGGAUCUUUAAAAAUUCGUAAUCCUUUCGGCGUUACCGUCAGUGGAGUAAACGCGGGGAGGUGGUUGGACGUUUAAUUUGUAAUUUAUUUUAUGAAAAUGCGACAAAUACGCUUAGACUUUUGCUAGUUACACGAAUUGCACCACCUAUGAAAUAUCAACCUAGAAUAGAAACAAAAUUUAUUUGACAUUUCCAAGGUUUUAUUCCCUUGAAGUGCUAGGUUAAUUUCUACUUUUAUUAAAAAAUAAAUUGAAAGGAAUUUCGAUGGAAUUCGGUUCACAAAACGGGCGAAAAUGUAUAUUCCUUGUGAUCCUGUCUUUGACAGUUCACCUUCUCCUACUGCUAUGCACGUUGGAUAUUUAUUUUUCCACACCUCUCGUGCACACUUCGAAUCAUUUUAAAGUGAAAGGGGUCAAGCCUCCGGCUAAUAGAAUCGUUUUUAUACUGGCCGAUGGGCUAAGUGCUGCCGCAUUCUACACGAAAAACUUUUCAACAGUGACCCCCUUUCUUCAUUCGAUUAAAGAGAACGAAAGCAGUUGGGGUUUGUCUCAUGUUCAACCCCCCACCGAAUCGAGACCCCAGCAUACGGCCCUCUUGGCCGGAUUCAACGAAGACCCGAGCUCGAUUUUUUCGCGAUGGAAAUAUAAUCUGUACGAUUUUGAUACGGUCCUUCGUCUGGCCAAUAUGACGUUUUAUUUCGGGAGUGCGGCUUGUUUCAGAUAUUUUCAUAAACGUGAGUCGUUAAGAACAUAUAAAAAAAAAUUAAUAAAUAAUUAUCUGACGUUAUUAUUAGAAUACUAUUCGAAUAUGAUUUAUGUUGGAUUCGAUCGGAAAAUAGAUCACAGUGUCCAUCCAAGAAUACCGAUAUAUGUGGAAAGGGCGGUUUUCAAUAAAGCCCGGAAUUUUAUAAGGAAAGGCCUGGUGCCGCGUUCAGCCAAAGGUCAAAUAAUAUUUGUGUACGUUGAAGGAACAGACCUAUUGGCACACUCAUUUUCCCACCAUUCUCGCUUCUUCAGGUAUUUUCGAAAAAAUCUGAUGGUUCUCGACGAAGAAGUACAAGAACUGGUAAAAACUAUAAAAUCGUACUUCAACGACGACAAAACUGCAUUUAUAUUUACAUCGGACCAUGGAAUUACAGUUGAUGAGUACAGUAAGCGAUCGCACGGUGGUGGAUCGAAAGGAGAGAUAGAGGUCCCAUUUUUAGCAUGGGGUGCGGGAAUUUCCGUCGACAAAACCGAACCCAAAAACUUAAAAUCUAUUGACAUCCCCCCGUUAAUUUCAGCAUUAAUUGGAAUUGCUUUUCCCAGAAAUUCGUUGGGAUCGAUUCCAUUGAACGUUUUGAACAUUUCUUCACGCGUUGCCGGUCACAUGUUGAUUGCAAACGCUCUACAAUUGACCGAUGUGUUUUACGCAAAACAAGACAAACUAAUAAACAACCCUGCUGUAUUAUUUGUGGCAGAAAACAAAUUUUUAAUGCAAAAUAAGAUUGAUGAAUGGAAACGAGCUAUGAUAGACCUUUUUUAUACCACAAGAUUUACUAAAUCAAUUGAUGUUGCUUUAGAAUAUAUUGAUAAUGUAAUGAAUGCGAUUCGAUAUUACGACAGUUACUCUUAUUGGUAUCGUACCGUUUUCGUUAUGGUGGCUGCAGUUGGCUGGCUAAUCAAUUUGUUAACUUGGCUACCAAUGAGUGAUAAUGUUUACAGCGAUCAGACCAGCAAAAAGAAAAGAAACACAGUUACCGCUUAUGUAAUGGUUAAUAUGUUUCUUUUUUUACUGUAUCACGUUUUCGGUAGUAAAUAUGACUACAUCCUGUAUAUAUUUUUUCCGUCAUUUACUUGGUUCCUUGUUUACAUUAGAAGAGCAUCUUUAAAACGAUUAUGUAAAGGCAUCUUCAAAUGUAAAGUAAAAGACACAAUAGCGAUGGCGGUGUUUUUUGGAUUUGGAACAGAAAUGCUGAUUUUGACGUUUUUUAAUAGGAAAUAUUUAAUUCCCGUCGUCAUUGGAAUCAUUUGUUCUUCGUACAACAGAGCUCGUAAAAAGACGGCAUUGGCUCACGUUUGGAUAAUUUUGGGACUUUUCAUUUGCGUCAUACUUUACCUGCCUCCAGCAGAUCCUGAUUACAAUUUAUAUUAUCAACUACUGUACUUCAGUUUGUUCUGUAUUGCUAUCAUAUAUCUGGAUAAACGCACUAAAAAUGGUGCUGUUACUUCUUCGUGGUUUGAUUUUCUGAUGAAAUACAGAAAAAAUUUCCUGUUGGUCCUGGUGCUAACCCUACUUAACAAUUUUACCACGGACAUUGCUUUUCAAUGGAAAUGGUACGAUGUGAUAACCGCUGGCCAAUUUAUUUCAUGGUUCAGCUUGCUCUAUGCAAUUAUAUUUAUUCUUCGAUCCCCGAAAACAAUUUGCUAUCGCUUAUCAAGUCUAGUGUAUGCUCCAAUGCCGAUUUAUGUUCUGUUAAAUGGGAGCAUGCCACCCAUCGCCAUGUUGUUGUUUAUUGGUUUUGUAAUCAUUUGGACUAUCAGUGAACUGGUAGUAAGUGAACAAUCAGAAGUUAUGUGGAAUAUCCCAUACGACGAUAAUAAUGUUACGGUAAAUAUGGUCUCUCAUCGGGAGAAUGCGCGAAAGAUUUUUAUUUUUAUGUCUCUUUGUGCGCUGGUCUUUUUUGAAACACUUGAUAUGAAUACAUACAGAACACUGUCGUAUUCUGAGGGAGAUAACUCAAUUAAUAAUUUUUUGAUUGCCGUGAAGAUUGUUUUGCCCUUUAUAAUACUAACUAGUAGCUUCCUUGUCCUUGUGAAGGCAAGUAAGAUAGAAAUCGGUUUUGUUUUCACACUGCUGCUCUUGUUUUCGACUGUGAUGAUGAUGCAAGUUUUCUUCACUGUGAAAACCCAGGGCUCAUGGAAAGAAAUUACCAUAAGUCUGGUUAGAUUUAUUAUUGCAACAAUAAUACCGUUCGGGGUUUUGGUGACUUAUUAUGUCAGUUAUAUUUUGGCCAAGACGGAGAUGCACAACACUGUGCGAUUUAUAAGGCAACACGUGAAUUUGUUUUUUGAUUUUUAUGAAAUAUUGUAAUUGUAAGUAUUUUUAUUAAUAAAAGUUGUUUUAAGUGUU